AUAUCUAUCCGAAGAAUAGCUAAUAAUUGUAAUAAUGCCAUUGGGGUCAUUUUCGAACCACGUAUUGUGAGGUUAUGGUUUUGCAAAAUCCUACUAGAGCAUAACCGCCACCUACAUUCCAUUGUUCAAUUGGCGCAACCAUUAAUGCAACCACCAAGUGACCAAUAUGGAAUAGAACUCCAGUUUGUCAUUUGGACAGCUCCAUUUUUCGUCCAAACAAUUCCCAACCGUGUCGGAGGCGACCACUUCACCUAAUUUUCUGGUAACGUGCCUCACCUGUUCGACAAAAGUCCCCAACCAAAUCUUCCACUUCCUAACUCCAGUGUUCCUUAAAUCUCGAUAUGGAACUGUGCCGCGCGUGUUUCUUUGCCGUUCAGUGAUAGAUUAUUAUAACUUUCUUCGGAAUGGUAGUCCUUUUUUAGGUGAAUUUUGUGGCGUUAAUUCAUAGGAAUAGAAGGGCUUGUCAUUGAAUCAUUUGAUGUUGUGAUGGCUUUGAAGGGUGCUGUGAAGCUGGGUUGUGUUCCUCAACUGGGUAUAUCGGAUUUGAGUUUUAGGCCUUCUGGGUUUGUGUGUUAUCGGGUUAGAGACAAAGAUGGAGUUUGUAGAUGGGAGUGGACCCCCCGGGCAAUACGAUCUACAAACGAUGAUAAAACGCCAAGUUCGGCUGUUGAAUUGCAGCGUGUGGUUGAUCAGAGCCGAGCCAAUGGGUCUGGGAGGUUGGUGAAGGAAUCAAGCUCUCUUCCAAGACCAUUAUCGAUAACUGAUGUUACUUAUUCUCCAAAUGAUGGCAAAAAGGUGCGGAUAUCAUAUAAGGGGGUACCAGGUGCCUACAGCGAGGAUGCUGCACUCAAAGCCUACCCUCAAUGUGAAACUGUUCCUUGUGAUGAGUUUGAAGAUGCAUUCAAGGCUGUUGAACUUUGGUUGACUGAAAAAGCUGUUCUUCCAAUUGAGAAUUCUUUAGGUGGAAGCAUCCAUCGGAACUAUGAUCUGCUUCUCCGUCACAGGCUGCACAUAGUGGGUGAGGUUCAGUUGGCAGUUAACCUGUGUCUUCUAGCACUGCCAGGUGUUGGAACAGAACAAUUAAAACGUGUUCUUAGCCAUCCACAGGCACUUGCUCAAAGUGAUAUUAUCCUGAGUAAAUUAGGUGUUGCUAGAGAAAGUGUUGAUGAUGCAGCUGGUGCUGCUCAGUUUGUAGCUUCAAACAGACUGAGGGAUGCAGGUGUUAUUGCAAGUGCUCGAGCUGCACAGAUUUAUGGGCUUAAUUUACUUGCUGAGAGAAUACAGGAUGACUCUGAUAAUAUUACUCGUUAUUUGGUACUUGCAAGAGAUCCUAUAAUGCCAAGAGCUGAUAAGCCCUUUAAGACAAGCAUUGUGUUUACUUUGGAAGAAGGCCCUGGAGUGUUGUUUAAAGCUUUAGCAGUUUUUGCACUAAGGGAUAUUAGUUUGACAAAGAUCGAAAGUCGGCCACAGAGAAAGCGCCCAUUAAGGGUUGUUGAUGACUCAAACACUGGAAGUGCCAAUUGCAGGUAUUUUGAUUACCUUUUCUACAUUGAUUUUGAGGCAUCUAUGGCAGAGCCUCGUGCACAAAAUGCUCUGGGACAUUUGCAGGAAUUUGCACCAUUUCUUCGGGUACUCGGUUGCUAUCCCAUGGAUACAACUCUAUAAAUGUUCCAUUGCCAGAAUGUGCAUUCCCCGUUCAAGCCAGUCGCAGCAGAGAUGUAUCACCAGAACUUAUUGCAGUGAUCUACC